AUGCUUAACGAACACACAAAAGUCAGCAUUGCGCAGAUAGUAUUCUACGUGCCAGCCGCGGUGGCUGCUGCUGGGCUACUAUUCUUCCGACGUCCAAUUCGAGAGCUUCCUCGGUUUCCAUGGGUUGUUCUUUUGAUCUUCACUCUCGUUCGUAUUGCUGGAGGCAUAGUUGUCAUCCUUCAUGAAAAUCAGCCUUCAAGCAGUGGGCUCCUUAUUGCUGCACUGAUCCUAUUGAAUGUCGGGGUGUUUCCUUGUAUCGCCGCUACGAUUGGUCUGGUCAAUAUCAUCACAUUCAUAGAUUUUCGCGAAAACAAAAUCCUCGCGAAGACUAUUGUUUGUUCUCGGCUACUCUUUCUCGCGGGUGUCGCUGUGCUCAUUACUGGCGGUUGUCUCCAAGGCAGUGAUAGCUCGGGUGACCUGGAAACUGGCACGAAACUUGUACGGAUUGGUUACUGUCUCGUGACGGUAUUUGUCGCUUGCCUUCUUUCAUUUCAGAUAUUCUUCUGGUUAAGGAAGAGCAAGCUCAGCCAUACAAGCUUUAACAACAUCGCUUUUACUGCCCCAAUAAAUCCUCCGGGGGCAACUCCAGUCCUCUCAAAGGAGCAAGUCUGGGCCGGGCUUUUACUCAAAACCCGCUCUGCAGAAACCUUCAUUCCCAACGCGAUCGAGACGACCACUGUCAUAUCCGAGAACACGGACGCAUCAACAGGCAACAUUAUCACUGUCCGCGAAGUCCUGUUCCGGGAAAAUCAGAAAAGAGUCAAAGAGACAGUCACGGCAUACAAAGACGCUAGAGUCGACUUUGUGCAACCCGAUGGAUCUUUUGUUGGAAACAUUAUUAGCGAGGGCGCCAGUGGAGAGAUGUAUAUGACUUAUGUCUUUGAGUGGCAUCAUCCGGGAGCGUCGCAAGAGGAGCUUAAUGCUUUCUACGCUAAGGAAAAGGGUAUUGCUCAGCAUUCGGUCGAGGGGACGGUGGAUGUUAUUAGGAAGCUAGUCAAGGAGGGGAGAUUGUAG